CGCUCCUAGCUUGUCAGUACGAGGUGUGCCCAUCUUUCGCCACUCAUUUUCACCCACCUCUUCCCACCAAAGCGGCUAUGUGUUGCACGGGAAAGUGUGCCCGACUGGUGGGCCUGAUCCUGCUGCCUUCGGCCUUUGUCUGCAUGAUAGCCAACCUGCUGCUCUUCUUCCCCGAUGGAAACAGUCUGGACAAUGAUCAGAUCUCUCUGCAGGUGUGGCUGAUGGGGGGGCUCAUCGGAGGAGGCCUCUUUAUGCUGUGCCCGAGCUGCUCCGCUAUCAGGGCCGGGGGCAAGGGUUGUUGUGGAAAUGGUUGCUGCGGCAACCGUUGCCGGAUGUUGAACUCUGUGUUCUCGUCGGCUUUCGGCCUAAUUGGAGCCAUCUACUGCAGCAGCGUGGCCUCAGCCGGGCUGGCCAUCGGACCCAAGUGUCGCGUGGCCGGUGACGUUUGGACAUAUCCCUUCGAGGAACUCGGAACUGGCAGUGAGAGCUACCUGGUGAACCAGACUAUAUGGAACACGUGCGAGUACCCCAAGAAUGCGGUGAUGUGGCACGUGGUCCUCUUCUCCAUCCUGCUGUCCAUGGGCAUGCUGCAGCUGGUGCUGUGCGGCAUCCAGGUGGUCAACGGCUGCCUAGGCUGCAUCUGCGGGGACUGCCGGGACAGGAAGGAGGAUGAAAGUGGAUUGUGAAAGCAUGCUGAUGAUGUCUCUAGUCCUUUCCCUGAAGGCUUUUCUCAUCUAUCACUUCAGAUCUUUUUGUACUAAUGGUACAAUUGCUAAAGUAGGAAGCAUAUUGGGUAACUUCGAUGGGGGGACAUGGGCUCAUCAUGAGCAGAACCACAAAUAAUGAAUUCAGGGGUGUCCAAACACUGCAGCAUACAGAAAAAUGUAAGACUGAAUGAUUCGGGGGACACACUUUGAUACAUUUUGUGAAUUAAAGAUAUUGAAACCAAUGCAAUGUACUGUAGGUCAGGAUACAGUGCAUCAAAAAAUAAUUCACGGCAUUUUACCUUUUCCACAUUUUGUUACGUUACCCUUAUGCCAAAAUUGAAUGAAUUUCGAGUUGAAACAGGAUGCACCAAUCUCAAUUUUCAGCUCAAUGGUAUAUGGUGCGAAUACUUAUGUACAUGUGAUUUCUUACCUAUGUUUAAUACAUUUGCACACAAACAUUUCCCAAAAUCGUUUUUCAUGUUGUCAUUACGGGUGUUGUGUGUAGAAUUUUGAGGAAAAAAAAAGAUGAAUUUAUUCUAGAGGGUACACGGGAGUUUGCCCGACCGGUCUACAUGUGCUUUGUCGACUUGGAAAAGGCAUUUGACCGUGUCCCUUGCGGUGUCCUGUGGGGGGUGCUCCAGAAGUACGGGAUUCGGUCCUUGUACAACCGGAGCAGGAGUCGCAUUGUUAGCAGUAAGUCCAGCCUGUUCCCAGUGAACGUCGGCCUCCGCCAAGGCUGCCCUUUUUUUCUGGACAGAAUUUCUAGGCGGAGCAAAGGCGUUGACGGAGUCCAGUUUGGGGGCCUUAGGAUCUCGCAGACGACGUGGUCCUGAUAGCCUCAUCAGGCUGUGACAUUCAACGAUUACUGGGGCGGUUUGCAGCUGAGUGUGAAGCUUCUGAGACGAGACUCAGCACCUCCAAAUCCGAGACCAUGGUUCUCAUUCAGAAAAGGGUUGGUUACACCCUCAGAGUUGGGAGCGAGGUCUUGCCACAAAUGGAGGAGUACAGGUAUCUCGGGCUCUUGUUCACGAGCGAGGAAAGGUUGGAGCGUGAGGUCGACAGGCAGAUCGGCGCAGUGUCUGCAGUACUGCGGUCGCUGUACCGGACCGUCCUGUUAUAGAGGGAGCUGAGCCGGAAGACAAAGCUCUCAAUUUACCAGUCGAUCUAUACUGCCACCCUCACCUAUGGUCAUGAGCUUUGGGUCAUGACCGAAAGAACGAGAUGGCGGAUACAAGCGGCCGAAAUGAGUUUCCUCCAUAGGGUGGCUCGACUCACCCUAAGAAAUAGGGUGAGGUGCUCGGUCAUCCGGAAGGGGCUCAGAGUAGAGCCACUGCUCCUUCACAUUGAAAGGAGCCAGUUGAGGUGGUUCAGGCAUCUAGUCCAGAUGCCUCCUGGUCCCCUCCCUGGUGAGAUGUUCUGGGUAUCCCCAGACGGGAGGAAGCCCCGUGGCAGACCUAGGACAGGCUGGAGGGAUUAUGUCUCACAGCUGGCCUGGGAAAGCCUUGCUAGCCCCCCGGUGAAACUGAAAGAAGUGGUCAGGGACUGGGAAGACUGGGCUGCCCUCACGACCCGGACCCAAAGAAAAUGGAUGGAUGGAUGGAUGGAUGGAUGGAAGUGAAUUUAUUCCAUUUUGGAAUAAGCCUGUAAAGCACUGUGAAUACUUUCCAGAUGAAAUGUAUGCUCAGCUAUCCAAACAAAACACAUCUUCGCUUUGUGUUGUAGGCAACAAAGCAAAUUAGUCUAAUAUGCAAUAAUAUAUCGCAAUAAUAAUGAAGUGAUUACAUUUUUACAAUAUUCCAAGGGCCAAUUAAAAAAAAACACACUGCAGGCCCCUAAAAAAUGGCCCCUAGCCGCACUUUGGACACCCCUGAACUAAUGAAGCAUCUUGAAAAUGAACUAUUACACACAAGAAGGACGAACGCUCUGUUUCAUACUUUAAUAUUUGCCUUUAAAGUAAAUGAAGCAUGUAAUUUCUCCAAUUUCUUAACACUGUAUUAAAGUUAUUUAAAUAUG